AUGCUGCGGCGAAUUGGGGUUACGCACGUCGUAUCCCCAUUAUCGUCCUUUUUCUCUUCUGUUGCAAGUGCUCGACGUCUGCAGAUGACGGCCGUUUCUGCUUCGCAAGCGAGGGAGCACGCUGAUGCACCGGGAGCUGUGGAGAUGAAUUUCCUUCAGGCCAUUAAUUCCGCGCUCGACCUGGCGCUCUCCAAAGACGAAAAAACGGUUGUAUUUGGAGAAGAUGUUGCCUUUGGGGGUGUUUUUCGAUGCACACUCAAUCUGUCGAAGAAGUAUGGCUCACAGCGGGUGUUUGAUUCUCCACUGAGUGAGCAAGGGCUUGUGGGGUUUGCCAUUGGAAUGGCCUCUGCUGGGUGGAAGCCCAUAGCGGAGGUACAGUUUGCCGAUUACAUAUUUCCAGCUUUUGAUCAGAUUGUAAAUGAGGCGGCGAAGAUGCGGUUUCGCUCCGGUGGCCACUUUCACUGCGGGGGUCUCGUCAUCCGGUCACCGAGCUCUGCCGUCGGACAUGGGGGGCUUUACCAUUCGCAGAGUGUGGAGGGGUUUUUUAACCACUGCGCGGGCAUAAAGAUUGUAAUGCCAUCCACACCGUCGGACGCAAAGGGUUUGCUGCUGCAGUGUGUAGAAGAGGAGGACCCGUGCAUCUUUUUUGAACCCAAACGCCUUUAUCGCUCCAUGGUGGAGCCAGUGGACCCUGGAUAUUACACGAUUCCUCUCGGUAAGGGAAAAAUUCUGUGCGAGGGGAGGGAUGUAACGAUUGUUACGUAUGGCGCACAGGUGGGUGUGGCAAUGAAGGCCGCCGAGCGCGCCGCUCAGGAAGGCAUCUCGGUGGAACUCAUUGAUCUCCGCUCUUUAAAGCCGUGGGAUCGUGAAAUGGUGACACAGUCUGUACGGAAAACAGGUCGAGUAAUUGUGACUCAUGAGGCUCCCAAGACAAGCGGGAUUGGCUCGGAGAUUGUUUCUUGCAUCACACAGGAUUGUUUCCUCUCUUUGGAGGCUCCACCCAUGCGCGUUUGCUGUCUUGAUACUCCCCAUCCUCUGAACGAGCAACUGUACCUACCAAACGAACUAAAGGUUUACGAGGCCAUUAAAUUUAUUACGGGUUACUAA